AUGUUGGGGAGUCCUUCCAACAACGGGGGCAUCAGGAUGCUGGUGCCACCAGCUUCAGGCGACGACAGGCGGGUAGAAUUCGUCGCUCUUACCGCCGUCCAAACGGAAAGAAGCGAGCCGUCCACCCCGGAGCGCGGACACCCCUACCACCGCACGGGGCUGCUGGGCACGCCGUUGCCCGGGCCCCGCGGGACGCGCGGGACUUCUUCUGCCUCCAACAAGCGCUACCGAAAGUUUCAGAAUUACUUGUACAACGUGCUGGAGAGGCCGCGAGGAUGGGCGUUCAUCUACCACGCGUUCAUUAAAAGCCCCGGACCUCUUUGUCACCACUGGAUGGCCUUCCUGUGUCCCGCCGUCAGUAAACCCAUGACGUCAGCGACCGCUGAUGACCUGAUGCCUCUGCUGGCCGCGUCCCCAGGAGGGGCAGGCGGCCAGGGGCAGAGUGUCAGUCUGGGGCUGAUCAGCCCUCUGGGGCCUGGUGCUUCUGAAGGCUUUAGGGAGCGUGGUGGUACCAUGUGCAGAGGUUGGUGGGAAGUUGGGGGUGUGCUGCUUAAACCCUGCACGUUAAUCUCAUGCUUCCUGCUGGUGUUCAGCUGUCUGGUCCUGUCCGUGUUCUCCACCAUCCCAGACCACCAAGAGCUGGCCAACGAGGCCCUCUUCAUCCUGGAGUUUGUGAUGAUCGUGGUGUUCGGCCUGGAGUACUUUGCGCGGGUCUGGGCGGCGGGCUGCUGCUGCAGAUACCGGGGAUGGCAGGGACGCCUCCGCUUCGCCAGGAAGCCCUUCUGCGUCAUAGACUGCAUCGUGUUCGUGGCGUCGCUGGCGGUCAUUGCGGCGGGCACCCAGGGCAACAUCUUCGCCACCUCGGCCCUGCGCAGCAUGCGCUUCCUGCAGAUCCUGCGCAUGGUCCGCAUGGACCGCCGGGGGGGCACCUGGAAGCUACUGGGCUCCGUGGUGUACGCCCACAGCAAGGAGCUGAUCACAGCCUGGUAUAUUGGCUUCCUGGUGCUGAUCUUUGCCUCCUUCUUGGUCUACCUGGCAGAGAAGGACGUCAACCCUGACUUUCACACCUAUGCAGACUCCCUCUGGUGGGGAACUAUCACCCUUACCACCAUCGGAUAUGGGGACAAGACCCCCCGUACCUGGCAGGGACGCCUGCUGGCCGCCUGCUUCGCUCUGCUGGGCGUCUCCUUCUUCGCCCUGCCGGCGGGUAUCCUAGGGUCAGGCUUUGCCCUGAAGGUCCAGGAGCAGCACAGGCAGAAACACUUUGAGAAGAGGAGGACGCCCGCCGCUAACCUGAUACAGGCUGCCUGGCGUCUCUACUCCACAGACGCGCAGCACUCCUACCUGACCGCCACCUGGUACUUCUAUGACAGCAUGCUGCCCUCCUUCAGAGAACUGACGUUCCUGUUCAGUCACCUCCAACGACAACGUAGUGCCAAGAAAGUCCUCCAAAACUCCUACCAGACCCUGCUGUCUGGGCUCAGGCCCUACAGCUCCCCCUGCCUGCAGGGGGACAGCAGCAACAAGCUGGGCUUCCGCGACCGCAUGCGGAUGAACAACUCCCGCUCGUCACAGGCCACGCGCGGCAAGGCGUCCCCGGCGACGCCGGUGCCCAGCGUGCGGCCGUCCCCCACCCAGGAGAACAUCCCGGAGCCCACCAGCCCGGGGAAGGUGCAGAAGAGCUGGAGCUUCAACGACCGCACACGCUUUCGCACCUCCCUGAGACUCAAGCCACGCCCGCCGGCUGAUGGAGAAGGAGUUGGGGAGGACAGUGUGGAGGAGAAGCCGUACUGUGAUGUGGCCAUGGAGGAAGUGAUCCCCGCUGUCAAGACGCUCAUACGGGCCGUCAGGAUCCUGAAGUUCCUGGUGGCUAAGAGGAAGUUUAAGGAGACCCUGCGUCCGUACGAUGUGAAGGACGUGAUCGAGCAGUACUCUGCGGGACACCUGGACAUGCUGGGGCGCAUCAAGAGCCUGCAGAUGAGGGUGGACCAGAUAGUGGGGCGAGGGCCGGUCGGGGCGGAUAAGAAGAUCCGGUCGGAGAAGGGGGAGAAGACCCCUCCAGAACUGGACACCAUGGAUGAACUGAGCAUGAUGGGAAGAGUAGUGAAGGUGGAGAAACAGGUCCAGUCCAUAGAGAACAAGCUGGACCUUCUGCUCAACUUCUACACCCAGUGCUGGAAGAAAGGCUCGUCUCAGUUCACCCUGUCCUCCCUGCUGGAGCCCGACCUGACGUCGGACUACCACAGUCCCACAGACAACCGGGACCUCUUCCCCUCGGUCAACACCCUCAACAUGUCCCGCUCAGAGAGCAGUAACAUGGAGUGACAGAGACCAGUGACCCCCACACUCCUUUAAGGUCUGAGAGGUGGGGGAAGGGAAACAAAACGCACAGAAGCCCUUUACAUUAUGUCUUCCUUAUAGGCUAACAAUCUUCACUUGAAAGACAUCACUUAAACGUGAGCCCUUUAUGACUCUCUUUCUGAUGCCUCGUUUGAGGAGGCGAUACAGUGCUGGUACUACAGAACAAGGAAACGCUAUUGAUACCGUUCUCCUUUUGACGACUCACCUUUCUGGCCCCCAUGUCUCUUGCAGAUGUUGUUGUCUUUUUGUCUUUUGUUUAUUUGCGUCCUCUGUUUUCUUUUGAGUUUCACCACAUUUCAGGCGCUGCCAUGAACUACCGUUGCCACUAAAGGGGGCCAGCUGUACUGAAGCCACUGCUGUUCACCCCACACUAGCGCUCAACCCUCCAACUGAAAAGUAGAGAUGAAGAAGAAGAGAGGUUAAGUGAUAGCUACACAGCCACUUAUAUACCACUGAAGCAGUACGGCUCAGAGUUGGCCUCAAUUUUUUUGGGGAUAUUGACAGUUAAUCUGAAACUCUAGUCUUUUAUAUUUCUGGAUAAUUCUUCUCCAUGUCGACAGAUUUGACCCACCUAAACCAAUUCAUUCAACCUCAGUCCAAGAGGUCCAUUGGCUAUGUUAAAUAGCUGGGUUCAACGAUUACAACUUCAACCCCUUAAUAUCCUUGUCGGCCAUUUUAGAUUCCACCACAGCUGUUUGUGCUGUGCUGAAUGUAACACAUCCUCACUGACAGCGCACAGCAACACCACCACCACCACGGUGCAUUCAGAAGGACCCCGUCAACACGGAACCCAACAUGCUCCCACACAGAAGGCUGGGGAUCCUUGGGUUGAUUGAGGGACUUUGCAGGAGAAAAAAACGCAAAUAAACAAUUUCCAUUCAUCAAAAGAAAAGGGGUCAGCAUGUCUGGGAAGAAGAUGAAUCAGAAAUGUAAUGCACAGACACGGCCAUGUUUGCAUACAGUAUGUAAGAAUGGCCUAUGUAUGUGUAUGUGUGUGUGUGUGUGUGUGUGUGUGUGUGUGUGUGUGUGUGUGUGUGUGUGUGUGUGUGUGUGUGUGUGUGUGUGUGUGUGUGUGUGUGUGUGUGUGCGUGCGUGCGUGCGGACACUGUUGUGCACAUUAAGCCCACUUGCAAAACUGAACACGACCCCCUCCCCCCUGUUUGGGAAACUACUUUUACUUAGAGGGAAUGCUAGUUAUAAAUGUCUGUCAGGUGACAAGGUGAAAACAGCCUUAUGCGUGAACCUAUCAGAGUCUACCGUAUGCCUAAAGUAUUAGUGUAGCAUAAAGCUGUGUUUAUUGAUCGGACAGUUAACCAUCCUUGCUAGCCCCCCCAUCUCCCAUCAACACCCUGCCCACUAAACAACGUCCGUCGGACCAAUAGAAAAACUCUGAUAGAAAACACCUGUGGACACCAGCCCAUCAUCAUCAUCGUCCUCAUCAUUGUUCUAUGGGCCCUAUUCAGCAAGCGGCCAUCUUGCCCUAGCUAGCUGGUUGGGUGAACUGUAAGCUAAAUACCGCAUUCAGUUCACCCUACCAGCUAGCAUUUAGAACCAAGAUGGAGAGACGGGCAGCUAGGUUAAUUAGGACCAUUUUUUAUUUUUUUUCCUGUGUUAAAGGUACAAUAUGCAACUUAUUUUCAAUAUCAGUCAGAAACUAGUCUCACAAAUCGAUCGACAAUCGGAUCGUGCACCGAUUGCAAGACUCGUCUACAUUGGUAUCACAAUAGUGCUGCAGCAGAUGAUCGUACUGGAGGUCGAUUAAAAAUAUGCCAUCCAGGAGCACACCCAAACUAAACAUAAUGCCGGGCGGAAAAAGCAACAUGUCCUGGUCGGACACCAAUGUACUUGGACAAAGUUUCUGUAAAGGUUUCAAAUCCAAUCCGAAGAGUAGACUGGCCACUGUAGAAAUACAUUUGGUAAAAUCGUCUUCUGAAACCUCGUCCACUGCCCCUUCUGGUUUCCACUGCGAGCACUGGGUCCCAGCCCCCGAGAAGUUUAGCUUGAGCAUUGUCGAAGUUCUGUAUCCGAUAUUAUGAAGACCCUCACUUUAUGUCUUCAGGAUACAGGUUAAUGGUUCUGACUCUGCAACAGCGUGGAUAAAUCUCCUAAAACAAAGGUUUGCUUUUUGAGGAUUGGUGGGAUAAGCAAAGAAUAGGGAGAGGGCGGGGGGAGCAGCAGAGGGUUUUAAUCUAGAUUUAGACUGGAGCUAACUUCAAAUCGAAAAUCUUGCAUAUUGUACCUUUCUGAGCACUUUAGGGCCAACAGCGAAUAAUGCAAUCCAAUUUGCUUCCCGUUAGGCAGGUUGACCUUUGAACCUGAUAUUUCUGAUGGAAGAUGUCAUCAUCGCUCUUACCAGUUGAAAUCUGCACUGCUUCAAUUGGAUAUGCUACUCAAUUCCGCAGGGUUUUCAUCAAUUAAAACAGGUGUGUUGAAGUGGAGUGCGUGAACUCAUCAUAAAUGCACGUAUUGACAGGGAAUGGUUCAAGCUUUAGAGAGAUUUAAGAGCAACUGGAAAGAACAUGAAUUCAUUUGUCCAAGGGUGUGCUGUCUUUUACAGUGACUUUAAUUUGUACUGUUUUCAGUUGAUUUUUUAAAGGUUCCACCGACAAUUUUUUCAAAUGUACAACAGAUCCUUAGUGUUAGUGGAUGGUGGCUGGAGGGCAUCCACGUAAGGCUGUGCGCAUGAACGCAAACACACACACACACACACACACACACACACACACACACACACACACACACACACACACACUACACACUACACACACACACACACACACACACAGCUAUUCUUUAUUAAAUUGCUUUGAUACGUAACAUGAUAAUGGUUCCAUGAGCAUUUCAUUCUGUUUAUGUUCUGCAUCUCUAUUUGCAGCUGUAUUGGGGUCAGAAAAAGUGUCACAUUUCUAUGAUUUUUAUUUCAUUUCUUUUUUUUAAUGAUUAUGGUUUAUAAGAUGUGAAUGUUUGUUAAGUUUAUAUUCUGUAUGUUAUUGGGUUAUGAUGUUUUAGUUAUGAUCAACAGUAAAUGUAGCAUUUCUGUGAA